AUGGCGAAAAUAAAGGCCCUUUCGGAUGAGGAGCUGGCAAUUUUCUCGAAAGAAGAAAUGCGGGACAGAGAUGAAGAGGCGCCUAACGUUCGCAGAAGAAAAAGGCGAAAAUUUGCACUAAAAUGGCGUGACAGUUCUAUGUCCAGUUCUAGACGUGCAUGCAGUGGCAGAGCCAGGAUUUCCACCGAGGGGGUUCAAAAUAUAAAAAAUGGGAAAAUAGAGGAGCAGAUAGAACUGUUGAAGGAAAAGCUACGAAUGAUAUACCAAGGAGAAGCAUUCAAUGGUAAAUCUACUAAGACUGCUCGCUCUCAUGGAAAGAAGUUCCAAGUUACCAUCAGGCAAGAGACCUCCAGGAUACUGGGCAACUUAGGAUGGGCAUACAUGCAACAAACAAACUAUGCAGCUGCUGAAGUUGUUUAUCACAAAGCUCAGCAAAUUGACCCUGAUGCCAACAAAGCCAGCAAUCUAUGCCUAUGUCUUAUAAACUUAGCCCGAUUUAAUGAAGCAAGAACGGUUCUUGAAGACAUUUUACAAGGUAUACUCCCCGGUUCAGAUGAUCCUAAGUCGAAAACUCGUGCUAUAGAGUUGUUGAAGGAGUUGGAAUCAUUCAAAUUUGCUUCAUCUAAUUCUUCACAAUUAAUAUUAGAAGAUGUGUUUAUUGAGGGUCUUGAUCAGUUGAUGAACCAAAUGGUCCCGUUUCGAUCGAGACGACUUCCCAUUUUUUAGGAGAUAUCAGCAUACAGAGAUCAAUUGGCUUGUUGAUCUCUAUAAUAACUUUUUUUCCUUUGAGAAUGUUGUGUAAAAUCAUUCUUGUUAUAGGCACUUGAGUUGAGUAUAGAGUAGUGGUUCUCAGGGUGAGAGAGUAUAUGCACAUAAUUUUUUAGGCACAGGGUUUUU